UUGCACGUGAGUACGUGAGCCAGCCGCAAGAUAGUUGCCAACAGUCAGCAGUUAUAUAUGAUGACGAUGGACGUCACAAAGCCGGAACCUCCCUCGGCGACGGCUGGUAUGGGUGGCGGUAAUACGGGCACCAUGUCCCUCGGUGGACUGAUCCCUCCCGGUUCCCAGCAACAGCAACAACAGUCCCAACAGCAGCAGCAACAACAGCAGAACACACUCAACAACCAAUCCGUUACUGGUGGUGGACCGGCAGGUGGUGGAGGUGGCGGUGGACCACCACCCCAUCCACAGCAGCAGCUUUGCGCCGGGUGUGGCAAACACAUCCAGGAUCGCUUUCUGCUGCGAGCGCUCGAUCUACUGUGGCACGAGGAUUGCCUGAAGUGUGGUUGUUGCGAUUGUCGGCUGGGUGAAGUUGGCUCCACACUGUACACCAAGGGUAACCUGAUGCUGUGCAAGCGGGAUUACUUACGGCUGUUCGGUAAUACGGGCUUCUGUGCUGCGUGCAACAAGGUAAUACCGGCGUUCGAGAUGGUGAUGCGAGCCCGCAACAAUGUCUACCAUCUGGAGUGUUUUGCCUGCCAGCAGUGCAAUCAUCGGUUCUGCGUAGGCGAUAAGUUUUACCUGUGCGAGAAUAAGAUACUGUGCGAGUACGACUACGAGGAGCGGCUCGUGUUCGCCUCGAUGGCCAACCAUCCAAUGCUGAAGCGUCAGAUCUCGCAGGGCAGUGGUGGACCAGUGAUGCAAAACGGACAUGGCGGCGGCGGCGGCGGUGGUGGUGGUGGAGGUGGAGGAGGCGGCAUUAACGGUGGACCUCAGAUGCAGGCGGGCCCGGGCCAAGGCCAAGGACAGGGCAUGGGUGGUAUCCCUUCGCCACAGCAAAACGGUGCCAACGGUAACCUGAUGGGGCUCGUCGGUCAGCGGAGCACGGGCACUGGAGGAGGCGGCGGCGGCGGAGGAGGAGGAGGAGGAGGUACAGUUAGUGGUUCAGGAGGUGUGGGCGCAGGUGGUACUGGUGGAGUUGGCGGUGGCGAUCACAAUAACAACAGUAGUAGUUUGUCGGCGGCGCUGGCCGGUGGACCGUCGCCGUUCGGAACGCCCGCCCAUAUCAAGGCGGCACUUAGCACGGCCAGUUAAACGAUGGUUCCUUAGUUGUUUUGCU